UUUGGAUGGAGGGCGACACAUGUCCCUCUCCUCCCCCCGCCUCCGGCUCUCUGUAUCCUUCAUGUGACUUUCCUUUCUCUGGGGCUGCAGGACACGGAGCGGAGACUCAGGGAGAGGGGAUCAGUCUGAACUGCCAAAAAUUGGCCAAAAGAAAAAAAAAAUCAUCUCCGAAAGUGGAUUUAAGCCGGGGAAUCACCAGAAGUUACACGGGAUCUGCUGCACCCCCAAGAGAAGGUCUGCACUGAUAUCGGGGUCCCCAUGAAAGACUGCGGGGUCCUUACAGCCACAGCACAGAAGCUCUGAGGACGUGGAGAUAAGAUAUCCACAAUGGAUUCCAGCUCAUUCAGUGGUGUGCCUCGCUUCCUCACCAGGCCCAAUGCCUUCAUGAUGUCUGUGGGUAAAGAUGCCACCUUGAGUUGUCAGAUUGUUGGUAAUCCUGCACCUGCAGUCACCUGGGAGAAGGACAAACUUCAAAUCCAGUCCGGAGGUCGCUUCAAGAUGGUGCAAGAUGGUGAACUCUACCAGCUGACCAUCUAUGACUUAUCCUUUCAGGACAGCGGUCAGUACAUCUGCCGUGCUAUCAACAACAUAGGCGAGGCAUUCGCUGCGGUCACAGUCAAGGUGGAAGAGAAGAGCACGGUAGUGGAAUGUGCUCCAUACUUUAUUCUGAAGCCAACUUCCUCGAGAGUGAGCCUGGGAGAAGACACUACCUUCCAGUGCCGGGUACAAGGCCACCCACCACCAGUGGUAACCUGGGAAAAAGAUGGUCGACUGCUGGGAACAGCCGUUGAUUCCAACCGCUUACGUGUAGAGUCCCAAGGGGAGUCCAGCUCUCUGCGGAUCCACUGUAUUCGCUUUUCAGAUAGCGGGACUUAUCUGUGUCGAGCAGAGAACUCUGUUGGCCAGAUUAAGGCUUCUGCUUCACUGUCUAUUGAGUCUUUUAGCAACAAUACUGGUGCAAUGGAGUCUUCAUAUGGUAAAACGGCCUCGCUGCUCUCUCACCUCCAGAAACGGCGUGAGGAGAUGCGGAAAACUGACCUUUCCAUCAUGGGCUCCUACGACUUGAACACCACGAGCUAUGGAGCUAUGGAUACCUUGACUGGUCUGGGAUUAUCUCUUGACUAUGAAAGGGCGGCCACCCUUACACCCAAAAUAAACCGUGAAGGUGCCAUUAGCGUCCUCACCCGCACCUGCACCGUGACUGAGGGCAAGCACGCCAAGAUGAGCUGCUUUGUAACAGGUGAACCCAAACCGGAGAUUGUGUGGAAGAAGGACGGAGAGGUGAUCACGGAGGGCCGGAGACACGUGGUCUACGAGGAUGAGCAGGAGAAUUUUGUGCUGAAAAUUUUAUUUUGCAAACAAAGUGACAAUGGAUUGUACACAUGCACGGCAUCCAACCUAGCUGGCCAGACCUACAGCUCUGUGUUGGUCAUAGUCAAAGAGCCCAGAAUUCCUUUCCGAUCAAAACUGCAAGACCUGGAAGUGAGGGAGAAGGAGGCAGCCACCUUCCAGUGUGAGGUUCCACAAACCAUCACCGAAUCCACCUGGUACAAGGAGGAGACCAAACUCCAGCAGAGCUCUAAAUAUAACAUGGAAGCAGAAGGAACGAUUCGGAGACUGACCAUUCAGAACAUCACCACUGAUGAUGACGCGGUCUACAUCUGUGAGAUGAAGGAAGGCAGCCGCACCAUCGCUGAGCUGUCUGUCCAAGGUAACAUAAUAAAGAAGCUUCCUCGCAGGACGGCAGUACCGGUCAGUGACACGGCCAUCUUCUGUGUAGAGCUGGACAAUGAUUGUGAGAAGGUCCGGUGGACAAGCAAUGGUCAGAGUGUGGUCCCUGAAGGGCGGAUCUCCAUUACCUCCUCUGGUAAACAGCACACCAUGAUCAUCCGCGAGUGCAAGAACAGCGACUCUGGCGAGAUUGCCUUCAUAGCCGAUGAGUGUAAGACGUCCACCCAAUUCACCGUCACCACCUUAAGAAAACCUCCCUCUAAUGCCCCCAUUAGCCCUGUGGUGACAGACAAGACUGAAACAUCUGUCAGAUUAGCCUGGUCCCCUCCCCCAAUGGACAGGCCAGUGCCCAUUGAUGGGUACAUUGUAGAACGGAAAAAGCUUGGAGCCAUGACCUGGGUGAGGUGCCAUGAAUCCCCCAACGUGCCCACCCCAGAGUUCAUCGUUAGGCAUGUCCCAGAUGAAGGAAGCUUCCAGUUCCGGGUCAGUGCCUUGAACAGCUAUGGACAGAGCCCCCACCUGGAGUUCCCGGGGACAUUAUAUCUCGAACCGGUUCCUUCCAUUAAGACUCCUCUGAAGCCGGUUGAUGUUGCGGUUGGCGCAGAGGCCACUUUCUCCGUUGACCUAACCACGGUGUCUCCUGGCUCGUGGUGGAUAAACGGGAAGGUUGUGGAGAGUAACGAUCAGUAUGUGGUGAAACGGGUGAAGAACACGCACAUGCUUCUGAUCAAGAGCGUCACCCAACAAGAGGACCAAGCCGAUAUUACAUUCACCUGUAAAGGUAUCGAGAGCAGCACCAAGCUGAGGGUGAGAGCUCUUCCACACUUCACAACCAGUAAGAGGCGCUCUGAGGUGCAGCUGAGGUCUGGAGAUCAGGCAGAGUUUGUGUCGGAGACUUCGGAGGAGAACGUCCGGGUUUUGUGGUAUAAAAACGGCAAAGAGAUUCGACACUCGAAGAAAUUCCAGCUGGAGUCCCGAGGAAAACUCCAGAAGCUGCAGAUCUCCUGCGUCCAGAGGGAAGAUGAAGGGACGUACACGUGCAGCCUAGGCGAUGACAUCAUCACCUUCAGCUUACAGGUUACAGAACCAGUGCCGGCCUUCAUCAACCAGGACAAGAUCCAGAAGGUGGUGGUGGCCAAACUGAUGGAGAGCGCCGUCCUGAGCUGUGAGGUCUCCGAGAGCAAGACGGAGGUGAAAUGGUACAAGGACGGGAAGCUGAUCACCUCCAGCAAGAAACUGAGGGUGGAGACCGAGGGCAAAUACCGGCGUCUGGUGGUGGAGCAGGUGGAGAAGAAAGACGCCGGAGAGUACAGCUGUGAGGUGGCCGGGCAGAAGAUCAGCUUCAAAGUCAACGUCAAAGAACCAGAACCGGCCUUCAUCAACCAGGACAAGGUCCAGAAGGAGGUGGUGGCCAAACUGACGGAGAGCGCCGUCCUGAGCUGUGAGGUCUCUGAUGGAAAGAUGGAGGUGAAAUGGUACAAGGACGGGAAGCUGAUCACCUCCAGCAAGAAACUGAGGAUAGAGACCGACGGCAAAUACCGGCGUCUGGUGGUGGAGCAGGUGGAGAAGAAAGACGCCGGAGAGUACAGCUGUGAGGUGGCCGGGCAGAAGAUCAGCUUCAAAGUCAACGUCAAAGAACCAGAGCCGGCCUUCAUCAACCAGGACAAGGUCCAGAAGGAAGUGGUGGCCAAACUGACAGAGAGCGCCGUCCUGAGCUGUGAGGUCUCUGAUGGAAAGACGGAGGUGAAAUGGUACAAGGACGGGAAGCUGAUCACCUCCAGCAAGAAACUGAGGAUAGAGACUGAGGGCAAAUACCGGCGUCUGGUGGUGGAGCAGGUGGAGAAGAAAGACGCCGGAGAGUACAGCUGUGAGGUGGCCGGACAGAAGAUCAGCUUCAAAGUCAACGUCAAAGAACCAGAGCCGGCCUUCGUCAACCAGGAGAAGGUCCAGAAGGAGGUGGUGGCCAAACUGACGGAGAGCGCCACCCUGAGCUGUGAGGUCUCCGAGAGCAAGACGGAGGUGAAAUGGUACAAGGACGGGAAGCUGAUCACCUCCAGCAAGAAACUGAGGAUAGAGACUGAGGGCAAAUACCGGCGUCUGGUGGUGGAGCAGGUGGAGAAGAAAGACGCCGGAGAGUACAGCUGUGAGGUGGCCGGACAGAAGAUUAGCUUCAAAGUCAACGUCAAAGAACCAGAGCCGGCCUUCAUCAACCAGGACAAGGUCCAGAAGGAAGUGGUGGCCAAACUGACGGAGAGCGCCGUCCUGAGCUGUGAGGUCUCUGAUGGAAAGACGGAGGUGAAAUGGUACAAGGACGGGAAGCUGAUCACCUCCAGCAAGAAACUGAGGAUAGAGACCGAGGGCAAAUACCGGCGUCUGGUGGUGGAGCAGGUGGAGAAGAAAGACGCCGGAGAGUACAGCUGUGAGGUGGCCGGGCAGAAGAUCAGCUUCAAAGUCAACGUCAAAGAACCAGAGCCGGCCUUCAUCAACCAGGACAAGGUCCAGAAGGAGGUGGUGGCCAAACUGACGGAGAGCGCCGUCCUGAGCUGUGAGGUCUCCGAGAGCAAGACGGAGGUAAAAUGGUACAAGGACGGGAAGCUGAUCACCUCCAGCAAGAAACUGAGGAUAGAGACUGAGGGCAAAUACCGGCGUCUGGUGGUGGAGCAGGUGGAGAAGAAAGACGCCGGAGAGUACAGCUGUGAGGUGGCCAGGCAGAAGAUCUGCUUCAAAGUCAACGUCAAAGAACCAGAGCCGGCCUUCAUCAACCAGGACAAGGUCCAGAAGGAGGUGGUGGCCAAACUGACGGAGAACGCCGUCCUGAGCUGUGAGGUCUCUGAUGGAAAGACGGAGGUGAAAUGGUACAAGGACGGAAAGCUGAUCACCUCCAGCAAGAAACUGAGGAUAGAGACUGAGGGCAAAUACCGGCGUCUGGUGGUGGAGCAGGUGGAGAAGAAAGACGCCGGAGAGUACAGCUGUGAGGUGGCCGGGCAGAAGAUCAGCUUCAAAGUCAACGUCAAAGAACCAGAGCCGGCCUUCAUCAACCAGGACAAGGUCCAGAAGGAAGUGGUGGCAAAACUGACGGAGAGCGCCGUCCUGAGCUGUGAGGUCUCUGAUGGAAAGACGGAGGUGAAAUGGUACAAGGACGGGAAGCUGAUCACCUCCAGCAAGAAACUGAGGAUAGAGACCGAGGGCAAAUACCGGCGUCUGGUGGUGGAGCAGGUGGAGAAGAAAGACGCUGGAGAGUACAGCUGUGAGGUGGCCGGACAGAAGAUCAACUUCAAAGUCAACGUCAAAGAACCAGAGCCGGCCUUCGUCAACCAGGACAAGGUCCAGAAGGAGGUGGUGGCCAAACUGACGGAGAGCGCCGUCCUGAGCUGUGAGGUCUCUGAUGGAAAGACGGAGGUGAAAUGGUACAAAGACGGGAAGCUGAUCACCUCCAGCAAGAAACUGAGGAUAGAGACUGAGGGCAAAUACCGGCGUCUGGUGGUGGAGCAGGUGGAGAAGAAAGACGCCGGAGAGUACAGCUGUGAGGUGGCCGGGCAGAAGAUCAGCUUCAAAGUCAACGUCAAAGAACCAGAGCCGGCCUUCAUCAACCAGGACAAGGUCCAGAAGGAGGUGGUGGCCAAACUGACGGAGAACGCCGUCCUGAGCUGUGAGGUCUCUGAUGGAAAGACGGAGGUGAAAUGGUACAAGGACGGAAAGCUGAUCACCUCCAGCAAGAAACUGAGGAUAGAGACUGAGGGCAAAUACCGGCGUCUGGUGGUGGAGCAGGUGGAGAAGAAAGACGCCGGAGAGUACAGCUGUGAGGUGGCCAGGCAGAAGAUCAGCUUCAAAGUCAACGUCAAAGAACCAGAGCCGGCCUUCAUCAACCAGGACAAGGUCCAGAAGGAGGUGGUGGCCAAACUGACGGAGAACGCCGUCCUGAGCUGUGAGGUCUCUGAUGGAAAAACGGAGGUGAAAUGGUACAAGGACGGGAAGCUGAUCACCUCCAGCAAGAAACUGAGGAUAGAGACCGAGGGCAAAUACCGGCGUCUGGUGGUGGAGCAGGUGGAGAAGAAAGACGCCGGAGAGUACAGCUGUGAGGUGGCCGGGCAGAAGAUCAGCUUCAAAGUCAAUGUCAAAGAACCAGAGCCGGCCUUCGUCAACCAGGAGAAGGUCCAGAAGGAGGUGGUGGCCAAACUGACGGAGAGCGCCGUCCUGAGCUGUGAGGUCUCUGAUGGAAAGACGGAGGUGAAAUGGUACAAGGACGGGAAGCUGAUCACCUCCAGCAAGAAACUGAGGAUAGAGACCGAGGGCAAAUACCGGCGUCUGGUGGUGGAGCAGGUGGAGAAGAAAGACGCCGGAGAGUACAGCUGUGAGGUGGCCGGGCAGAAGAUCAGCUUCAAAGUCAACGUCAAAGAACCAGAACCGGCCUUCAUCAACCAGGACAAGGUCCAGAAGGAGGUGGUGGCAAAACUGACGGAGAGCGCCGUCCUGAGCUGUGAGGUCUCUGAUGAAAAGACGGAGGUGAAAUGGUACAAGGACGGGAAGCUGAUCACCUCCAGCAAGAAACUGAGGAUAGAGACCGAGAGCAAAUACCGGCGUCUGGUGGUGGAGCAGGUGGAGAAGAAAGACGCUGGAGAGUACAGCUGUGAGGUGGCCGGGCAGAAGAUCAGCUUCAAAGUCAAUGUUAAAGAACCGGAGUCGACCUUUGUCAACCAGGACAAGAUCCAGAAGGAAGUGGUGGCCAAACUGAAGGAGAACGCCGUCCUGAGCUGUGAGGUCUCUGAUGUGAAGACAGAGGUGAAAUGGUACAAGGACGGGAAGCUGAUCACCUCCAAUAAGAAACUCAGGAUAGAGACCGAGGGCAAAUACCGGCGUCUGGUGGUGGAGCAGGUGGAGAAGAACGAUGCCGGAGAGUACAGCUGUGAGGUGGCCGGGCAGAAGAUCAGCUUCAAGGUCAACGUCAAAGAGCCGGAACUGGCCUUCAUUCACACGGACAAGAUCCAGAAGGAGGUGGUGGCCAAACUGACGGAGAGCGCCACCCUGAGCUGUGAGGUCUCUGAUGUGAAGACAGAGGUAAAAUGGUACAAGGACGGGAAGCUGAUCACCUCCAGCAAGAAACUGAGGAUAGAGACCGAGGGCAAAUACCGGCGUCUGGUGGUGGAGCAGGUGGAGAAGAAAUAUACUGGAGAGUACAGCUGUGAGGUGGCCGGGCAGAAGAUCAACUUUAAGAUCAAUGUCACAGAACCAGAAGCCAAGUUUCUGAAGACGUCUGAACAGAAAGAAGCAGUAUUUGUACAAGAGCACGAGGACAUCACCCUGCUGACCUCUGUCCAACCCCAAAAUGCUCAGGUCAAAUGGCUUAAAGAUGGAACUGAGCUGAGUGCUUCCAAAAAGUACCAGAUAUCUGCAGAUGGUGCGUCCAGGACCCUUAUUGUGAAAACAGCAGAAAGCAAAGACAGUGCUGUGUACACCUGCAGCAUUGGUAGUGAUAAGCAGGAGUUCCGGGUACAAGUCAAAGAAAUCCCUGUGAAGUUUGCGAAGAAGUUGGAGGCCAUGACAGGAGAGAUCGGCUCAUCCAUCACACUAACUUGUGAGCUGAGCCAGACCAAAGGCGAUGUGACCUGGAAAAGAAAUGGAGAGGAAAUCAAACCAAGCAAGAGAAUCCAGAUCCGCUCAGAUGGAGGCAAACGUAGCCUGACAAUCUCUCAGCUGAAGGCAGAGGAUGCAGGGGAGUAUUCUUGUGAAUCACGGGAUGAGACAACCAUUGCACAGCUGACAACCAAAGCUCCACGAGUCGUUAAAUUCACUGCAGAGCUGAGUAACGUGGUGGUGGAGGAAGGUGCAGAGGCCACAUUUAAAUGCACCAUAUCCCCGGAUGAUGCUGCAGUGACCUGGUAUAGAAAUGGUGCUAAUAUAGAAAGAAGCAAUAAAUACAAGUUCAGUAAGAAAGGAGCCAUCCACAGUUUGAGCAUCAGCCAGCUGACCCUGCAGGAUGCUGGGGAAAUUACUGCAGAUGCAGAAGGGGUGAAAACCACAGCCACCCUGAAGGUCCGAGAGGCCCCAGUGUUGUUUAAGAAGAAGUUGGAAGCUAUCACGGUAGAGGAAAGACAUACUGUCUGCCUGGAGGUCGAGCUCUCCAAACCCUCCAAAGACGUGAAAUGGAUGAAGAACGGCGUUGUUCUUCAGUCUGCUAACAACAUUGAAAUCAAAUCUGAAGGCUGCAAGCAGAUCCUCAUCCUAAAGAACGUCAGACAUGCCGACCGUGGACUGUAUGGCUGUGAGACGCUGGAUGACUCCACACAAGCCAAGCUCAACGUGGAGAUGCGGCAGGUGAAGCUAGUCAAAGGUCUCCGGGACGUGGAGGUUUGUGAGAAGGACUCGGCCACCUUUGAGCUGGAGCUCUCCCAUGAAGAUGUUGAAGGGUCAUGGAUGAAGGAUGGGUUGAAGAUUAAAUCCUCAGAAUCCAUCAAGAUUAUAGUGAAUGGCAGAAAGCAUGGACUUCUUCUGUCCUCUGUGAAGCAGGAAGAUGCUGGAGUUGUGUCCUUCAAAUCAGAAGGAAUCCACAGCUCCUCUAAACUCAUUGUUAAAGAGCCUCCAGUGACGAUCACUCAUCCACUCCAGGACAUGACAGUGGAGGAGAAGGACAAGGUUACCUUUGAAUGUCAGGUUUUGAGGGCAAAUGCCGAGGUGAAAUGGCUGAAGGAUGGAUCGGAGCUCAGGCCGAGCAAAAAGAUCACAAUCAUCUCCCAAGGUAACAAGCGUAACCUCACCAUCCACAAGUGUGAACCUGACGACAAAGGGGCGUACGUCUGCGACGCUGGCGACGACAAGAGCUCCGCCCGUCUGACCGUGCAAGCUCGGGACAUCCGCUUCAUUAGGCCGCUGGAGGACGUGGAUGUGACGGAGAAGGAGGCAGCUUCAUUCAUCUGUCAGAUUUCUCACGAUGACGUCCAAACUCAAUGGUACAAAAAUGGCGCCAAGUUGAGGACAGGAGACAACGUGAAGAUGCGCCAGGAAGGACGGACCUUCUCACUGACCUUCAAGAGCGUUCAGGCGCAAGAUGCCGGAGAGAUCAAGCUUGUGGCUGAAAAUGCAGAGUCCUGCGCCAGGCUGCGCAUUCGAGAACUUCCAGUAAAAAUAACCAAGCCACUGCGGGAUAAGAUCGCCAUAGAGAAGCACCGGGUGUUCCUGGAGUGCCAAGUGUCCCGUGCCAGCGGCGAGGUGACCUGGUACAAGAAGGACAAAGUCAUACAAACGGGAAAGCGAUACGAGAUUGUUAGCCAGGAGCGCGACAGGAAGCUUAUCAUCAACGAGGUGGAGUUCGAGGACGAGGACACCUACACCUGUGACGCCGGAGAUGACAAGACCUCCGCCAAGCUGCUGGUAGAAGAACAAUCUAUUAACAUUGUCAGUGAGUUGAGCGAUGUGGAGGUGAUGGAACCGGAGAAGGCAACAUUUGAGUGUGUAACAUCCAUUGUGUCUGUGAAGCCCCCAAAAUGGAUCCUGGGGGGUGAAGUUCUACAGAAUGGGAAAGACAUCACCAUAGAGCAGGAGGGUACGGUGCAUCGGCUGACCCUUUGGAAGACAUCCUCAAAGAUGAGCGGUGCCAUCCAGUUUCACAUUGGGAAAUCCAAGUCCACCGCUAAUCUGGUUGUGAAAGAGAUUCCAGUGCAGGUCACUCAGAAGCUAGAAGACAGGACGGUCAGCGAGCGCCAGUCUGUCCUCUUCUCCUGUGAGUUCAAGCCUCCUCCUAAGUUUGUGGAAUGGUUCUGGGGGAAGACGCAGAUCGAAGCUUCAGACAGAUACAGAAUAAAGCAGGAGCGCGGCACAGCAGAGCUGAGGAUUGUGAAGGUGACUCCUGAGGAUGGUGGCAUAUACACGUGUAAAGUCGGGCCAGUCGAGACUUCUGCCAUACUCACGGUUCAAGCUCGGGACGUAAAAGUGUUGAAGCCCUUGGCAGAUGUGGAGGUGGAGGAAGAGAGUUGUGCUGUAUUCUCCUGCGAACUGUCUCAUGAUGACGAGGAGGUGGAAUGGUUCCUCAAUGACACGCUGCUCUACACAAACAACUACAAUGACAUCAAAAAGAUUGGAGAAUGCCACACCCUGACCCUGAAGCAAGUGGCUGCCCAGGACUCCGGGACCAUCAGCCUAAAGAGUCAGAAGCUGACACUCACUGCAGAGCUGAAGGUCAAAGAGAAGCCUGCAGUGUUCAUGAAGUCUCUGGAUGAUGCGGUGGGAGAGGAGCGAGGGAUGGUCACUCUGAAGUGUGAGGUCUCCAAACCCAAAGUCACCGCCAUCUGGAAGAAAAAUGAUCAACUUCUGCCAAACGGAGACAAAUAUCACCAGAUCCAGGCUGGAAAAAUCGUGUCCCUUACCAUUCACAACCUGAACAAGGCCGACGCCGGACUGUACACCUGUGACAUCGGCACUGAAGUGGCAAAGUCGAAAGUCAGCGUACAAGAACUCAACAUUGGAAUCACGAAACGCCUGAAGAGCACCGAGGCCAAAGAAGGUGAGAGCUGCAGCUUCGAGUGUGUCUUGUCUCAUGAGAGCAUCGAUGAAUGCUCCUGGACGGUAAACGGGGUGGACGUAGAAAGUGAUCAGAGGUUCGAAGUGUCCAACAAGGGCCGGAAGUACCUGCUGAACAUAAAGGAGGUAAAGGCCAGUGACGCCGGAGAUGUUAUCUUCACAGCUCGCAACCUAUCAUCCAAAGCCACACUGACUGUCAGAGAGAAGCCAGCAAUAAUAUUAAAACCCCUGGAAGAUAAAACUUCCAUUGCUGGAGAAGACAUUGUGCUAAAAUGUGAGCUCUCAAAGGAGGACACAAAUGUCAAGUGGUCCAAGGAUGGGAAAGUGCUGAGGAGAAGCCAGAAAUAUGAAAUCUGCCAGGAGAGAACGGAGACCUGGAUCAUAAUUCAUGAAGCCUCAGUCAAAGACUCUGGUGAAUACAUCUGUGAAACUUCCAUCUCCAAGACCAAAGCUUCAGUGCAGAUUGCAGAAAAACCCAAUAGAUUCAUUAAGGAGAUUUCAGACGUGAAGGCGGAGGAGGGGGAAGCUGCCAUCUUUACCUGUGAGGCUGAGAGAAGUCCACUCACCGUGAAGUGGAGGAAAAGUAUCACUGAGCUCAAGUCGUCCAAGAAAUAUGAGCUCAGCCAGAAAGGGAAUGUCCUGAGCCUGACCGUCAACGACCUGGAGAAGGGCGACAGCGACACAUACAUAUGUGAUAUCGGAGAUGCCCAGUGCAAGGCCUCCCUCACCGUCACAGGCCACAAAGUUCUUAUCGUAGAAGACUUGGAAGAUGCAGAAGUUUUUGAAGGAGAAUCUGUCAUGUUUAAGUGUAGGAUUUCUCCGGCACAUUAUCAGAAAGUACAAUGGUUUCUGGAUAAAACCCCGCUGCAUACCAAUGAAGUCAAUGAGAUACAAGCCCUUGCAGGGGGCUACCACACUCUGUAUCUCAAGCAGUUGGGUGUGAAGGACUCUGGGAUAGUCACCUUUGAAGCCGGAAACCAGAAAACUUCUGUAAAACUUUUAGUGAAAGCUGUUCAGGCUUUCUUCAAGCGUGAGGUGCAGAGCACGGAGGCCGAGGAAGGCGCAACGGCCACACUCUCCUGUGAACUCUCCAAUGAGAAAGCUGCUGUGCAGUGGAAGAAGGAUGGAGAACUCCUUCAGCCCAGCAAUAAGUAUGAGAUGAAGAUUAGAGAUCGCAGAGUGGAAUUACUUGUUCACAAUCUGGUGAAGGAAGAUGCCGGAACAUAUACAUGUGAAACCGGGGAACAGACGUCUUCUGCAAUGCUAACCGUCAGGGCUGUCCAGGUCUUAUUUAAAAGAGGUCUCCGUAAUGAGAAAUCCAAGGAGGGGAGCAUAGUCAAACUACAAUGUGAGCUCAAUAAGUCUGGUGCCCCUGUGACAUGGACUAAAGACGAAGAAAUAUUACAGAGUGGUGACAAGUAUGACAUCAAGCAACAGAGCGCUGUGGUGGAGCUUCUUAUCCUUAAUGCAAAACCAGAAGACUCUGGUGACUACACGUGUGAUACUGGAGACCAGAGGAGCACAUCUCAUGUGACCAUCACUGCUAUUCCAGUUCGCUUUAAACAAGACCUGCAGGACUGUAAUGUGGACGAAGGUUCUUCUGUCACUCUUGCCUGUGAGAUCAGUAAGGCCAACGCUCAUGUCAUUUGGAAGAAAGGUGUUACAGUUCUUCAAGCCAAUGACAAGUAUGAAUUUAGGCAGAAGGGAACUGUAGUAGAACUGGUCAUUCACAAUGUGAAAUCUGAGGAUUCUUCAACCUACAUCUGUGAUACUGGAGACCAACAGACUACUGCCCGGGUCAAAGUGCAAGAACUUCCAGCCCACUUCACCGAGGAGCUGAUCAAUCAGCAAGCUAAUGAAGGAUCCUCCAUCACUCUACGCUGUGAACUCAACAAGCCAGAUGCCCCCGUAGAGUGGAGGAAGGAGAACACAGUGAUCAAACCAAGCAAGAAGUUUAAGAUCCACCAGGAGGGUCAGACCACAGAACUGAUCAUCCGUGACCUGGCACCAGAGGAUGGAGGAGACUACACCUGCAUCUGUGGAGAGCACCAGACGACUGGAACUGUGAAAGUUACUGCGUUACCUCCACUGUUUAAAGAAGAACUAAAGAAUGAAAGGGCAUCUGAAGGAGAAGAUGCAAAGCUCCUCUGUGAGCUCACCAAACCUGGGGCCACCAUAGAAUGGAGAAAAGGGGACCAGGUCCUUAAAGCUGGUGACAAAUACACAAUGAGGCAGGAAGGAGUUUAUGCCGAGAUGGUAAUAAAAAAUCUUGACAACAGUGACUCUGGGCAUUACACCUGCGUGUGUGGAGAGCAGAAGACCACGGCCGUGCUGACUGUCAAUGCUCUUCCGAUACUCUUCAAAGAAAAGCUCGCUAACACUGAGGCAGUGGAAGGAGAAACUAUCACUCUCCACUGUGAGCUCUCUAAGCCAGUGUCCUCUGUUGCAUGGAAGAAAGGACACACCACCCUGAAACCAAACAAUAAGUUCACAAUGAUGCUGGAAGGUUCAGUGGCAGAGUUGACCAUUCAGGACCUUGAUCUGAAAGAUGGUGGAAGCUACAGCUGUGUUUACGAAGGAGAAGAGACCACGGCAAACAUCAGAGUCAAUGAACAUCCCAUUCUCUUCAAACAUGAGCUGAGUAACAUGGAGAGUACAGAGGGCAGAGCCGUGACUCUGAGCUGUGAAUUCACCCAGCCCCCACCUCAUGUGGAAUGGAGAAGAGGGCACAAAGUCAUCAAACCAGGACAGAAAUAUGAAGUGAGGCAGGAUCGAGCAACCGCGCAGCUCAUCAUUCGGGAUUUAGAGCAGAAGGACACCGGAGAUUAUACCUGUGUGUGUGGGGAGCGGCGCUCCACAGCCGUCCUAAUAGUGAAUGCUCUUCCAGUACAUUUCACACACGGCCUGAAGGACGAAGACACGACAGAGGGUGAGAGACUUGUCCUUCAUUGUGAACUCAGCAAACCUGGCGUAAGCGUAGAGUGGAGAAAGGGUCGUACUCUCCUUCAGGAGUCGGAAAAAUACGUCCUGAGACAGGAGGGCCCCGUGGUGGAGCUGGUCAUCACUGACCUACGUGAGGAGGAUGCUGGAAUCUAUAGUUGUGUCUGUGGAGACCAAGAAACCUCUUCAACCAUACAUAUCAAAGCUUUACCACCAAGAUUUUUGAGAGAACUCAAGAGCGAGGAUUGUACAGAGGAGAGCUCAGCUCUUCUAACCUGUGAACUGACCAAAGCCAAUGCCCAACUAGAGUGGAGGAAAGGAGACCAUGUGCUCCAACCCGGCAACAAGUACAAGAUGACUCAGGAUGGCUGUACUGCCGAGCUGGAGAUCUCUAAUGUGGACUUGCACGAUGGCGGACAGUAUACGUGCAUGUGUGGAGACCAAAAGACCUCGGCAACACUCGUAGUGCAUGCUUUACCACCAGAAUUUAAGGAAGAACUAAAAAAUCAGGAAGCUGUAGAAGGCGACUCGGUCACUCUGCACUGUGAGCUGACCAAACCAGACACGUCUCUGGAGUGGAGAAAAGGACACAAAAUCAUUAAGUCCAGUGACAAGUACAGUGUCAUCCAGGAAGGUUUGGUGGCCGAACUGGUUGUACGCAACGUGGACCAACAAGAUACUGGGAGAUAUAUUUGCGUGUGUGGAGAUAAUCAGACGGCAGCCACACUGACCGUGAAGGCUAUUCCACCACAAUUUAAAGAUGGAUUAGACAACAAGGAAGGUGUGGAAGGAGAAUCGCUGACCUUACGAUGCACCUUGACCAAGCCAAAGGCUUCUCUGCAGUGGAGAAAGGAGCAAAAGACGCUGAAGCCGAGCAGCAAAUAUAAAUUUGUCCAGAAGGGUCUUGUGGCUGAGCUGGUCAUUCAUUGCCUGGAUCUAGACGAUGCUGGGGAAUACACAUGCAUUUGUGGAGACCACCAAACAUCAGCUUCAGUGGCCGUGAAGGCUCUCCCACCACGAUUUAGAAAGGAAUUAAAGGGCAAAGAAAUCUCUGAGGGAACAUCUGUCACUUUAUGCUGUGAGGUAACCACAUCCAAAGCCCUUCUAGAGUGGAGGAAAGGACGGAAGGUACUCCAGGCCAGCAACAAGUACAGAUUCAUCCAGGAAGGUCUCACUGCUGCGAUGGUCAUUGAUAAUGCGGAUGUGAAUGAUUCCGGGGAGUAUACAUGUAUAUGUGGAGACCAUCGGACCACAGCUUCCCUCACUGUCAUUGCUCUUCCCCCACAAUUUAAGGAAGUAUUGAAGGACAAGGAAGGUGUCGAAGGAGAGUCUGUGACUUUAGACUGCAUCAUGACCAAACUGAAGGCCACUCUGGAGUGGAGAAGAGGAAAGAAGAUGCUUACCCCUGGAGACAAGUAUACAUUCAUCCAGGACGGUCUUUCUGCCGAGCUGGUCAUCAGCCACCUGGACCCUGAAGAUGCAGGGGAGUACACGUGUAUGUGUGGAGACCAGCAGACCACUGCAACCCUGAAUGUGAAGGCACUUCCUCCACUAUUUAAAGAAGAACUGAGGAACAAGGAAGGUGUCGAAGGAGAAUCUGUCUCCUUACAAUGUGUCCUGACCAAACCGAUGGCUCCUCUAGAGUGGAGAAAAGGACAGAAGACUCUUACCCCUGGAGACAAAUAUAGAUUCAUCCAGGAUGGUCUUAUUGCUGAGCUGGUUAUCAGUCACCUGGACCCUGAAGAUGCGGGGGAGUACACAUGUUUGUGUGGAGACCAGCAGACCACUGCAACCUUGACCGUGAAGGCACUCCCCAUUGUUUUCUUGGAAGAACUGAGAAACGAGAUGUUGAGCGAGGGCCAGAAUGCUACUUUACGCUGUGAGCUGAGUAAGCCCGGUCUGCCGGUGUCAUGGAAGAAGAACAACUCUGUGAUUACAGCUAGUGACAAAUAUGCCAUGUGCCAGAAUGGUCCUGUCUACGAGCUGACAAUCCACAACCUGCAGCUGGAAGACACCGGGACCUACACCUGCCUUUAUGGAGAGCAGCAGAGCACAGCCAUGUUAUCAGUGCAGGAGUUACCAGUAUUAUUCAUGGAAGGAUUGAAAAACAUUGAUGUCUUGGAGUGCGAAGAAGCCGUCUUCCAGUGCCAGGUCACCAAGCCAAAUGCACGACUGCAAUGGAAGAAAGGUCAGAAGACGUUACAACCAAGUGAUAAGUAUAAGAUUCGGCAACAAGGAGUGAAUGCAGAAUUGGUCAUCCGAGAUGUUAACCUGAAGGAUUCUGGGAACUAUACCUGUGUAAUUGGAGAGGAGGCGACUACGGCAACGUUAACGGUCUUUGAGUUGCCGGCACAUUUUAGCUCUGAAUUAACCAACCUGGAAGUUAUGGAACGAGGAACCGCUGUCCUGCGCUGUGAGGUGACAAAGCCAUCGGCCGCAGUACAGUGGAAGAAAGGAGAGAAGACAAUACGACUCAGCGAUAAGUACGACAUCAGGCAAGACGGCACUAGAUUAGAACUCCAGAUAAAUGACGUAGAGCUGUCUGAUGCCGAUCAGUACAGCUGUGUCUGUGAAAAGCAGAGGACAACGGCUUCCCUAACCGUCAUUGCUCUACCGGCGGUCUUCACCGAGCAGCUGAAAGAUCUACAAGUGUCAGAAAGUGACACGGUGACCUUACAUUGUGAGCUUAACAAACUUGGCCUCACGGUAGAGUGGAGGAAGGGAGAUGUCACCCUGACACCUGGAGACAGAACCAUCAUGAAGCAGGAAGGACGAGCUCAUGACCUCCUCAUCAGGGAUGUUACUGUGAAGGAUUCUGGGGAAUAUUCCUGCCUGUGCGAGGGUGUCACAACCUCAGCGCAUCUCUCUGUGAAUGCUCUUCCAGUGCUGUUUAAAGAGGAACUGAAAAAAGUUGACGUUCUGGAAGGAGAAAAUGUCACCCUGAGCUGCGAGCUGAACAAAGCGGACGUGUGCGUGGAGUGGUUAAAGGGCGACAAGAGCUUACAACCUGGAGGCAGGUAUACAGUGCAGCAGGUCGGAGGCACUGCUACACUCAGCAUCCUGGAGGUCAGAGAGGAAGAUGAUGGGGAUUACACUUGUGUCUGUGGAGAUGCAAAGAGCAUUGGCCACCUGCACGUACAAGCUUUACCUGUGCUCUUCACCCGGCCACUCCAGAACGUUGACGCCCAGGAGGAGCACACAGUCACCCUGCAAUGCCAGGUAUCCAAGGCCGGGGCUGCAGUAGAAUGGAGGAGGGCAGGGUUAGGAUUACAAGCAGGGAGCAAGUAUGAAAUGCAGCAGAAAGGAAAUGUGAGGGAGCUGCUGAUCCACCACCUGAGGCUGGAGGACACUGGAGAAUACACCUGUGAUUCCGGAGACCAGGAGACCAAGGCCUAUCUGACAGUCACAGCCCUCCCCGUUGUGUUUGUGAAGCCUCUGAAGAACACUGUGGUAGAAGAUGGGGUGACCGUGACCCUGCGCUGUGAGACCUCUAAGGCCAAUGUGCCAGUGGAAUGGAGGAAGGGCACAGUGGCAAUCUUCCCUUGCGCCAAAUAUGAAAUGAAACAAGAAGAAGCAGUGUCUGAGUUGGUCAUCUAUGAUGCUGAAGCUGAAGAUGCUGCAGAGUACACGUGUGACACCGGAGACCAGCAGACCUCAUGCACUGUCAAAGUGAAUGUCCUCCAGUUUGUGAAGAGUUUGCAGAGUGUUGAGGCAGAACAGGGGGGCAGCGUCCGUCUCCACUGUGAGGUCUCUGCCAAAAUGGCCUCUGUGGAAUGGUGGAAAGGAAGCGAGAAGCUACAGCCCAACAACAAGUACGAGAUGCGGCAAGAUGGAGCCAUGCGGGAGUUAAUUAUUCACAACCUGGAGCUGGAGGACGCUGGAGAAUACAUGUGUACUGCCCGGAGCAAGAGGACCUCAGCGAGCCUCAGCGUCAGAGAGUUGGACAUCACCAUUGUUCGUGGUCUGGCGGACCUGUCUGUGUUUGUUGGUGAAGACGCUGUGUUCAGGUGUGAGGUCUCCCAUGAGAAGGCCCGGGAUGUGGAGUGGAAGCUGCAAGGGAUCCUUCUGGAGAACAACCAGAUGAACGAAAUCUCAGUGGAGAAAGAGAAAUCCCAUGUGCUGAAGCUGAGCGGUGUCACCCAGGAUGACUCGGGGAGCGUCACCUUCAGGGUGGGCCCAUACGUGUCUACAGCGGAGCUGACUGUGAAGGCCCUUCCGGUGGUUUUUGAACAAAAGCCUGAAGACCAGAGUUGUGAGGAGGGCUCUACAGUCGUUAUACGGGCGCAGAUCUCAAAGGCCAACGUUGAGGUAAAAUGGAGAAGGGGAACCACGGAGAUCAUCACCAGUGAGAAGAUCGAUAUCAGGCAGGACGGUAAAACCGUGGAGCUGGUCAUACUACAGGCCGUGCCGGAGGACUCUGGAGACUACACGUGUGACACCGGCGAUCAGGAGGUCACAUGUAACUUGCGGGUAGCAGCGCUGCCCGUGCAGUUCACCCGCCAGCUGCAGAACGUGCACGGAGAGGAGAACGGGUCUGUGACGCUGAGGGCGGACAUAUCCAAGCCUGAUGCCCCCAUACAGUGGAAGAAAGCCGGUCUGACCCUAAAAUCAGGGGCCAAAUAUGAGAUGAAGCAGUCGGGCUGUGCGGUGGAGCUCUGCAUUCACAAGCUGCAGCCAUCGGACGCGGGAGAGUACAGCUGUGACACCGGACACCAGACAUCUGCGGCGAAUGUCCACGUGAAAGAGCCAGAGCCUUUCGUUGUGGACCAGCUGCAGAACGUGUCUGUGGAGGAAGGAGAGGACGCCAUCUUCAAGUGUAAGGUGUCCAAGCCCAACGCCCCCGAUGUGCAGUGGUACCUGGCCGGAGUCCCUCUACAGUCCAAUGAGAUGAAUGAGAUAGCUGUCCACAAGGGCAAGAUUCACACCCUGACCUUAAAGAAGGUGUCCCUGGAGGACGCCGGCCCCGUCAGCUUCAGAGUGGGACAGAGCACGACAGCAGCAGAGCUGGAGGUGAAAGCUCUACCGCUAAGAUUCACCAAACCUCUGCAGCCGACGGAAGUGGAUGAGAAAGGAGAAGUCGCCCUGCACUGCGAGCUCUCCAAACCCGACAUCACUGCAGAAUGGAGGAAAGGGGCCGCCGUCAUCACACCCGGAGGAACGUACGAAAUCAGCGUGAAAGGAGCCGCACACACCUUACAUAUCAAAGAUGUCACACUGGAAGAUUCAGGGGAAUAUAGCUGUCAUGCGGUAAACGAGAGAACAUCCGCAACAUUACAUGUUAAAGCCCUGCCGGUUGUCUUUGCACAAGAGCUGCAUAACAUUGAGCCGGAGGAGGGGAGGACGGCCAUCUUACAGUGCGAGGUGUCUCGGGAAGCUGCGCCUGUGGAGUGGAGGAAGGGGGCUGUGGUCCUACAGUCCGGUGAUAAGUAUGAGAUGAGACAGGCUGAUCGUAUAGUUGAACUGAUGAUCUACAACGUGGCACCGGAGGACUGUGGCCCCUACACCUGCAGCACAGGAUCCGCCCAGACCACGGCCUCUGUGUUUGUACAAGCUGGUAAUGUAGAGAUAGUGUCUGGUUUAAAGAACACAGAUGUCUUUGCGGGGGAGACCGCCACCUUCUCCUGCGAGCUGUCCAGCCCGGAUGUGCGGAACGUACAGUGGUGGCUCGAUGGUUCUCCACUGCAGAACAGCUCAGUGAACGAGAUCUCAGUGCACAGAGGCAGAGUCCACACCCUAACCCUAAAAAACCUGGGGACCAAUGACUCUGGCGUAGUCACCUUCAAAGCCGGCUCCCUCAUAUCUACCGCUAAACUCUUAAUUAAAGAUCCAACCAUUGAAGUGGUCAGUCCAAUGAGUGACCUCACCAUUGAUGAAGAUGACACAGCACAGUUCAUCUGCCAGUACUCUAGACCAGUGCAGGCUGCGUGGAAGAAACAUGAUGUAGAUGUGUGCGCCGAUGGGAAGAGGGUCAUUGUCGAGCAAGACUGGAAUGUGGCCAAGUUGACCAUUAAGUCUGUGGUUCCCGAGGACCGAGGCGUCUAUGUGUGUGAAGCUGGAGGCACUAGGGUUGUCGCCAUGCUUGAUGUUGAAGAGAAAAAUAAGAUCCUGCAGGGUCUGGAGAACGUGGAGGCGCUGGAGGGCGGGGAGGCGCUGUUUGAGUGCUACCUCUCUAAGCCGGAGUGCUACAACUACAACUGGCUGGUGGAUGACGAGGCGGCCAAGAGCUCCGACAACAUGGAGAUGGUUUACUUCGAGAAUGGCCGCCGGCAUCUGCUGCUGCUGAAGAACCUGACGGUGGAGGACAGCUGCCGAGUCACCUUCAUGGCCGGGGACGCCGUGACCUCCGCCUUCCUGAGUGUGCGAGGCUGGCGUCUGGAUGUCGUGAAGCCACCUGCUGACACUGAAGUGGCUGCUGGUGACAAGGCAGCGUUUACCUGUGUGCUCAGUGAAGCGGUGCCGGUAAUUGAGGUAUCCUGGUAUUUUAAUGGUGCACCCAUCCAGCCGGAUGAGAACUGGUCCAUGAUCAUGGAUGGGAACCAGUACAAGCUUCUCCUGAAAGACGCUCAGACGCAUCACUCCGGGGAGGUGGCCUUCGCCUCCAGAGAUGUCGUUGUCUCUGCCAAACUGCUCGUUCUUGCCCUUCCCGAUCCCCCAGAAGACCCUGAGAUUGUCAGUAAGACGAGCAGCUCCUUGACCUUGUCUUGGUUCACACCCCUGAGUGAUGGUGGGGCUCCGAUUGUUGGAUAUAAUGUUGAGAUGAAGUCCCCGGGUGGUGACUGGCAACAGUGCAACAUGGAGAUUAUACAGAGUAUGGAGUAUGUGGUCCAAAACCUGGAGCCGGGCCAGCCCUACCAAUUCCGUAUCUCCUCCAUUAACAAACUGGGCAGAGGGGAACCAGUUCACUUACCGCAGACGGUGCAGCUAGAACAUCCGGUGAUGGUUCAUCAUCCGCUACAGCAUAAAUCUGCCACACCAGGGGAGACCCUUCGCCUGGAAUGUGAACUGUCCAAGGAAAGUUGUGAGGUCACCUGGAUGAAGGAGAAUGAACCACUGCAUCCAGGGAAGAAAUACCAGAUUAUUUGUGAGGGAAAGAGACAGAUCCUGCUCAUCCAUGAUGUCUCUGCUGAUGACCAAGCAACCUACUCCUGUGUCACCUCCUCUGGUGACAAGACUUCUGACACCAUUUCUUUGGGUAUACAAACCAUUACGGAGCUGGUAACUGUACAGGAGGCUCUUGAUUUGACCCAUGUAAGGACGGAUCAUGUGGUUGAGGCAGAAGACAGCACACAGCCCAACCUUCCCCCAGAGGCUGCUCAAGAAGGAGAUCUUCAUCUGUUAUGGGAAGCAUUGGCCAAAAAGAGGAGGAUGAGCAAGGAGCCCACCUUAGACUCCAUCUCUGAGGUUCCAGAAGAAGAUGAAAAACGGAAGCAUAAAAAAGAGGCCGAGCGUCGAGCAGAUUUUUCAGGUUACACUUCUGAAGACGUGGCCAAGACAAGUGAGGCCGACUUCUCUCUUACAAGUUCUGAUGACGAGUCCCGGGCUGGGACACCAUCUCUGGUCUCAUAUCUUAAGAAGGCCGGUAAGUCCACCAUCACCUACGGAAGUAAGGUCCAGACAGUGUCUGCCAGCAAGUUUUUCAAGCACUUCGAGACCUCAAAUAUCACUGAAGUGAAGGAAGAGAAGAAAACGGAACCAGUAAAAGAACCAGACUUGUCAGAAAUAUUUGACGAUGACCCAGCCCUGGACAAGGCAGCUGUCAAGAUUCAGGCAGCUUUCAAGGGAUAUAAGGCAAGAAAGGUGAUAAAGCAACAGGAGUGUCCCAUGUUUACUGAGACCUUCAAAGACCUCUCAGUGGAGCCUGGAGGUACAGUUCACCUUGAGUGUGUGGCCAUCAGUAAGAGUGACGUCACCGCUCGAUGGAUGAAGGAUGGAAAGGAGCUGUCUGAUGGUCGUCACUACCACAUCGAUAAUUACCCUGAUGGGACCUGCUCCCUAAUUAUCACCGCAGUGGAGCUCCAGGACACAGGCAAAUACACAUGUGAAGCUUCCAACAAAUUUGGUCAGGUGUGCCACAGUGCAAAGCUGGUGGUGGAGGGUGGGGAACCAGAGAUUCCUCAAAAGCCCAUCCCCAUCCCACCAAAAUCAUCCACAGAUAGCGAGACUGAAACUUCUGGAAGUGACUUGGAUGAUGCUUUCCGGAAGGCGGGAAGGAGGCUCCAUAAAAUCUUUAAGUCUAGGUCUUCCCUGGAAAUGUCUGAAGAAGAGCUGUUUGUCAGUGCUGAUGAGGGGGAUCUGCCUCCCAUCGACCAUCAGACCUACCGAGAAGAUGACAAGUUCAUCUACAUCAAGUUUGAAGUCAUGUCAGAAGCUUCAGUCGCCGCACACAGGUUCCGUGAUAUGUUCUCCGCGAUGGGAAUCAAAGUGAAGAUCGACAUCCUGGAGCAAGGGCAGAAGAACAUCGAGCUACGCAUAAUGAAAGUGGAAACAGGACCCACAGAGCAACAGAAACUGCAAGCCAAGCAACAGAUGACCUUACUCACCUCAGACACAGCCCCUGUCUUCAUCACGGAGCUCCAGAACCAGGAGGUGGCGGACGGUUACCCGGUCAGCUUUGAUUGCGUUGUGAUUGGGAAACCGAUGCCGAGCGUCCGCUGGUUCAAAGACGGGAAAGCAAUAGAAGAAGACGACCAUUAUAUGAUCAAUGAGGACCAGGAGGGCUGCCACCAGCUGAUCAUCACCGCCGUGGUGCCCCCAGACAUGGGGGUCUACAGGUGUCUGGCGGAGAACAGGAUGGGAGUGGCCUCGACCAAGGCGGAGCUGAGGGUGGACUUGACCAGUUCAGACUACGACACAGCGGAGGCCACAGAGACCUCGUCCUACUUCAGCGCCCAGGGAUAUGCAUCCAGAGAGCAGGAGAGCCUGGAGUCGGCCACGGAGCAGGAGCAGCUGCCACAGGUCCUGGAGGAGCUCCGCGAUGUCCUGGUGGCCCCUGGGACCCCAAUCGCCAGGUUCCAGAUCAGAGUGAAAGGGUUUCCUCGCCCGCGGGUCCACUGGUUUAAGGACGGGCAGCCGCUCCACUCCUCAGACCGGAUACUGGUGACCAGUAAGAGGAAGGCGCACUCCCUGGAGAUCCUGAACGUCAGCAGGGAGGACGCCGGCGAGUACUCCACCUACAUCAGUAACUCCGCCGGCUCUGCCUACUCCUCCGCCAGACUGACAGUGAAAGGUCCAGGAGAGCUGCAGAAAGAGAAGUCAGCAGAGGACGCUGGAGAUCUGAAGAAGCCAGUUCCUCCAAUGUUCCUGGAGAGAUUCACAAACAAGAAUGUGCAGAAGGGCGCCAGCAUCACCCUGUCUGUGAAAGUGGAAGGGAUCCCAGUCCCCAUGGUCACUUGGCUGAAGGAAGAGUCUCCUGAGAACGUUCUGUUGAUCAAACCGGAGACCCCGGGCUACAAGCUGGCGAGCUCCAACAUGCACCACAGCCUGGUCCUGCUGGACGUGGGCACCGACUACACUGCAACCUACACCUGCAUCGCCACCAACAAGGUGGGACAGUCCAUCUGCAGCGCCACCGUCCAGGUCCUAGAAGAAAAGGAGGCGCAGAUUCUUGCAGAAGCUGAUAAGAUUGUGAAGGACAUUUUGGGGUCAUCUGUGCCAGGAAGGAUCGGGACGUCGGUGCAGCCGGCGGAGGCAGACGGUGACUCCAGAUUGGCACAGAAGACGCACAUCUCAUUAACGGAGGUCGGAACGGAGGAGUUCUUCCAGAAACUGACGUCACAGAUCACAGAAAUGGUCUCUGCGAAGAUCAGUCAAGCAGCUUCCCUCCGAGUACCGACAAUGCCCGGCAUGGACAGCGACGAUGAGUCCAAGACCCCAUCAGCCUCCCCGCGGCACGGCAGAUCCAGGCCAUCAUCCAUUGCUGUCGAGUCGUCAUCAGAGUCCGAGGAUGGAGACUCCAGAGGAGAGAUCUUCGACAUCUACAUGGUGACGGCAGAUUACAGCCCCAUAACAGCCGAUAAGGAGACAAUCACCCUGAAGGAGGGGCAGUACGUGGAGGUGCUGGACUCCGCUCAUCCCCUCAAGUGGCUCGUCCGAACAAAACCCACCAAAUCCAGUGCCUCCCGGCAGGGCUGGGUGUCCCCGGCGUACCUGGACAAACGGCUGAAGUUGUCCCCGGAAUGGGGAGCAGGAGAUGUGGUGGAGCACCCCGGGGAGACCGUCUCUGAGGAGGAGUACAAGAAGAGGCUCAGCACAAUCAUCCAGGAUCUUCUGAGCUCGGAGAAGGAAUACGUCACCGACCUGCAGUUCCUUCAGACCCAUCACCUGAGUUACACCGAGAGUUGCUCAGAUGUCCCCGAGGCUGUGGCCACCCAGAAGCCAGUCAUCUUCCGGAACAUCAGCGACAUCGGGAACUUCCACGCCAGAACGUUCUUCCAGGAACUGAAGAAGAGCGACACAGACGACGAUAUCGCCAUGUGCUUCAUCCGGAACGAGGAGGAAUUCAACAAGUACAUCAUGUACCUGGUGGGCCGUGUGCAGGCCGAGUCCGUGGUGGUCAACGACGCCAUCCAGGAGUUCUACAAGGGAUACGCGGAGGAUAUCCUCGCUCUGUCUGACCCCUCCAAACCCCCGGCGCCUCCUCUCCAACAUUACCUGGAGCGGCCGAUAAGCAGGAUCCAUCACUACCAGGUCAUCCUGAAGGAAAUGAUCCGGAACAAGGCCCGAAACAGCAAGAACUGUGCGCUGCUGGAGCAGGCCUACGCCGUGGUGUCCGCGCUCACCCGCAGGGCGGAGAACUUCCUGCACGUGUCCCUGAUGGAGAAUUACCCUGGGACGCUGGAGGCGCUAGGAGAGCCCAUACGACAGGGCCACUUCAUUGUCUGGGAAGGAGCUCCAGGGGCCCGAAUGGCCUGGAAGGGACACAACCGCCACGUCUUCCUGUUCAAGAAUUAUGUCAUCAUCUGUAAACCCAAGAGAGACACCAGGACGGACACCUACAGCUACGUCUUCAAGAACAUGAUGAAGCUGACAAACAUUGACGUGAAUGAUCAGGUGGAGGGCGAUGACCGCGCCUUCGAGAUCUGGCACGAGCGCGAGGACUCGGUGCGGAAAUAUCUGCUGCAGGCGCGGACGGUGAUCAUCAAGAACUCCUGGGUGAAGGAGAUCAGCGGCAUCCAGCAGCGCUUCAGCCUCCCGCUCUGGAAUCCCCCUCACUUCAUCGAGGUGCUGGCAGAUUGUACGGCCGAGCUGGGAGAAACCGUCAAACUGGCGUGCCGCGUCACCGGGACCCCGAAACCCACCGUCACCUGGUACAAAGACGGCCGCCCAGUGGAGGUGGAUCCGCAUCACAUCAUCAUCGAGGACCCGGACGGCUCCUGCACCCUCAUCCUGGACAAUAUGACCGGGGCCGACUCCGGCCAGUACAUGUGCUUCGCCUGCAGCCAGGCCGGAACCGCCAGCACACUGGGCAAGAUCCUGGUCCAAGUUCCCCCGAGAUUCAUCAACAAGAUGCGGAACGUGUACUUUGUGGAAGGAGAAGAUGUGCAGUUCUCAUGUGUUAUCGAAGGGGCGCCGUACCCACAGAUCAGGUGGUACAGGGACGGUCAUCUGCUGCCGGAUUCCAGUAAACACCAGACGCUUGCCGAGCCGCGGAGCGGAGUCCUGGUCCUGGUGAUAAAGAACGCAACCAAGGACGACGUGGGGCACUACGAGUGCGAGAUGGCGAACAGACUGGGGUCUACGCGGAGCGGAGCGGAGCUGAACGUACAAACCGCGGCCAUGAUGGAGCGGAGAGGCGACCAGACCGUCACUAUCGAAGGAGACGGGGCUUUGUUGGACGCUUCUAUCCGGGCUUCUUUACAACGUGCAGACCAGGAGAUCAGACAAGUCCUGAAGAAGCUGAUGGCCCCUGCAUCGGGGGUCACCACGGCCCAGGAUCCCCCCCCAACAAAUACCGAAAUGGCAAAAAGUGUGGAACACAGAGUCCUCGAGGACGGGCGGGAAACGGCGGACAUAUUCAGAGACGCCAACACCCAGACGCCCGAACAAGCCACUCAUGAUGAAGCCCGGAAGGCAGCAGUUGUCAGUGAGGCCACAGAAGCUUAUCCUGAAGUCAGUUCUUCAGAAACGCAGACAGAGCCGGACGUCCCUGAGAGAAUCAUCCCAAUCAGGCUUCAGAUGGAUGCAGCGGAGCGGAUGAGACCCCCGGGGGCCCAGAUCUGGGAUGUCCACAGAGAAGUCUACAUCCAGACCACACAGAAGACCUGCCGGCACGUCAGCCCGGAGCGGGAGGCCCGCCCCCCGUACAUGCAGGUGACCAUAGAGGAUGUGCACACCCAACAGGGAGAAACUGCCCAAUUUGAUGCCGUGAUAGAUGGGAGCCCCCCUCUGACCAUAACGUGGUACAAGGACAACAACUUUUUGGUGGAAAGUGACAGAAUCCGGAUGAUGCGAGAGGACAGGAAAUAUUCCCUCAUCAUCCACAGCACGGAGGCUGGAGAUGGCGGGGUGUACACCUGUGUCGCCCACAACUCUGCCGGAGAAGUGUCCUGUAAGGCCGAGCUGGUUCUGCAUCCAGAUGAGAAGGAACAGGAGACAAAGCGGCAGCACAAGAGGAGGAAGCUCCAGUCUUUCUUUGAGGUUAAAGAAGAGAUUGGGAGGGGAUCCUUUGGUUUUGUGAAAAGGGUUGUGCACAAAGGAAACGGAGCCACAUGUGCCGCCAAAUUCAUCCCGCUGAAGAGCAAAACCCGGCAGCAAUCGUAUCGCGAAAGGGACAUCAUAUCGGAGGUGUCACAUGAUCGGGUGACCCUGCUGCUCGAUUCCUUUGAGACCAAAAAGACAUUAAUUCUCAUCCUGGAGAUAUGUUGCGGGGAGGAACUGCUGGAUCGACUCUUCCGGAAACACAUGAUCACUGAGAAAGAGGUGAAGAUUUAUAUCCGGCAGCUGCUUGAGGCCAUCGCUUAUCUCCACGACAAGAACAUUCUGCACCUGGACAUCAAGCCGUCGAACAUACUGAUGGUUCACGCUGAUCGGGACGAUAUCAAACUCUGCGACUUUGGAUUUGCACAGAGGAUUAUUGCUUCUGAAUUUCAGUACAGCAAGUACGGAUCUCCGGAGUUUGUGGCCCCAGAAAUUGCCUCCCAGGCCCCAGUGUGUAAAGCGUCUGAUAUCUGGCCGGUGGGGGUCAUCAGCUACUUGUGUCUGGUCAGCGCCUCCCCGUUUGCCGCUCAGAAUGACAGAGAGACGCUGCGGAACGUCCAACAAGGGAAGAUCAACUGGAGCUGCCCGUCCUUCACCCGGCUGAGCGCCGACGCCAGGCACUUCAUGAUGGCCACCGUCCACAUGUCUCCAGACGCCCGGCCCAGCGCCCGCGACUGUAUCCACCACAAGUGGUUUACGGCGAACUCAGGCCCAGAGGACAUUCAACCGAUCAGCUCCAAAAACCUGAGGUUCCUUGUGGCGCGCAGUCGGUGGCAGUGAUGAGGUCCAUUCCUG